CAGACAGCCGGACCGGCGCGGGAGGUGGCGGUGAAGGCCAGGCGGGACCCCCAGAGGUACAGCGGGAGCAGGGGGCUGAAGGACAGGAUCUGCCGCCGCAACCUCAGCCUGCAGGCUGUGCACCAAGCACCCGUGCCCGCCAAUGCGUCCCGGCCCUCAGAGAGUCAGGCCCACAGAUCACGUCCAUGUGGGCUGGCGGUGUGGGGAGCCCUCGGAGGGGCAUGGCCCCUGCACCCACUGAUGACCUCUUUGCCCGUAAGCUCCGCCAACCAGCCCGACCUCCACUGACACCACUCACCUUUGAACCAAGGCCAACCCCAACCCGGGGCCCACUCCUGCGAACUGGCAGUGAUGCAGGUGAGGCCCGGCCUCCUACGCCAGCCAGUCCCCGGGCCCGGGCCCACAGCCAUGAGGAGGCCAGCCGUCCUACUGCAACUCCCACCCGGCUUUUCACCGACCCAUUGGCCCUGCUGGGACUGCCAGCCGAGAAACCAGAGCCCACCUUCCCACCAGUGCUGGAGCCCCGGUGGUUUGCUCAUUAUGACGUCCAGAGUUUGCUCUUUGAUUGGGCUCCACGACCACAGGGAACAGGGAGCCACUCAGAGGCCAGCUCUGGGACUCCAGCCUCCGCUGAGAACCAAGCUGCCAGCUCAGAACUGCUACUUGGGGCACCUGGCUUUGUGAGUGAGCUCGGGGGUGAGGGGGAGCUAGGCCUAGGUGGUCUGGUUCCUCCACCAGUGCCUCCCGCACUGCCCAAUGCUUCUGUGUCGGUCCUGGAAGAGCCACAGAACCGAACAGCAGCCUACAGCCUGGAGCACGCGGACCUGGGCGCUGGGUAUUACCGCAAGUAUUUCUUCGGCAAAGAACACCAGAACUUCUUCGGGAUGGACGAGGUGCUGGGCCCCGUGGCCGUGAGCCUGCGGCGGGAGGAGAAAGAGGGCAGCGGAGGGGGCACCGUGCACAGCUACCGCGUCAUCGUGCGGACCACACAGCUCCGGACCCUCCGAGGCACCAUCUCAGAGGAUGCACUGCCACCAGGGCCCCCAAAGGGCCUAUCUCCAAGGAAGCUUCUGGAACACGUGGCGCCAAGACUGAGCCCCACCUGCCUGCGCCUCGGCUCAGCUUCCCCCAAGGUGCCACGCACGCUGCUUACGCUGGAUGAACAAGUGCUGAGCUUCCAGCGCAAGGUGGGUAUCCUGUACUGCCGCGCAGGCCAGAGCUCGGAGGAGGAGAUGUACAACAACCAGGAGGCCGGCGCGGCCUUCAUGCAGUUCCUCACCUUGCUGGGUGAUGUAGUGCGACUCAAGGGCUUUGAGAGUUACCGAGCCCAGCUGGACACCAAAACGGAUUCCACGGGCACGCACUCCCUCUACACCACCUACCAGGACCACGAGAUCAUGUUCCACGUGUCAACCAUGCUGCCUUACACCCCUAAUAACCAGCAGCAGCUCCUGAGGAAACGCCACAUCGGCAACGACAUCGUGACCAUCGUGUUCCAGGAGCCGGGCAGCAAGCCCUUCUGCCCCACCACGAUCCGUUCUCACUUCCAGCACGUGUUCUUAGUGGUGCGCGCGCAUGCGCCCUGCACCCCACACACCUCUUACAGGGUGGCCGUGAGCCGCACGCAGGACACCCCGGCCUUUGGGCCCGCGUUGCCCCGGGGCGGCGGUCCCUUCGCAGCCAACGCGGACUUCCGGGCCUUCCUGCUGGCCAAGGCGCUCAACGGGGAGCAGGCGGCCGGCCACGCCCGCCAGUUCCACGCCAUGGCCACGCGCACGCGCCAGCAGUACUUGCAGGACCUGGCGGCCAACGAGGUGACCACCACGUCGCUGGACUCGGCCUCCCGCUUCGGCCUCCCGUCCCUGGGCGACAGAGAAACUGACAUUCACAAUGAUUUGCCCGGGCACACGGGCGAGCUCUGGGAUUUGGAGGCAGGUCUGGAAAACGGCCAGAGCUUUUCGGAGCUGUACACGCUGUCUCUGCAGGAGCCCAGCCGGCGGGGGGCCUCGGAGCCCACGCAGGAUGAGACCCCAGAGGUGGUCCUGCUGUCCCACACAAAGCAGCUGCUACACCUGUGCCUGCAAGAUGGCAGCUGCCCUUCAGGGCCCGGGGAACUGCCUGAGGAGAGAACCGAGUUCUUGCGCUGCCAGAGCUCACCGUCUCCGCGCAGCUCCCUGUCAGAUGAGGCGCCAGUCCUGCCCAACACUACCCCGGACCUCCUCCUGGCUGCCACAGCCAAAGCCCCCGCAGCCCCCAGUGCUGGCAGGAACACACCCCCCUCCCAGGACCCGCCAGGCAGCUCUCGCCGCCAUGAAGACCAGGAGCAGGCGGCCCCAGAGCUGCGGGCCUCCUUCCUGCCACGGACCUUGUCUCUACGCAACUCCAUCAGCAAGAUCAUGUCGGAGGCCAGCAGCGAAACCCUGGAGGACGAGUGGCAGUCCAUCUCAGAGAUCGCCUCCACCUGCAACACCAUUCUAGAGUCACUGUCCCGAGAGGGACAGCCCGUGCCGGACAGCAGAGACCCCCAGGGAACCCCUAAGUCUGAUGCUGAGCCAGAGCCCGGGAGCCUGUCGGAGAAGGUCUCGCACCUCGAGUCCAUGCUGAGGAAGCUGCAGGAGGACCUGCAGAAGGAGAAGGCAGACCGGGCCGCCCUGGAGGAGGAGGUGAGGAGCCUCCGCCACAACAACCAGCGGCUGCUGGCCCAGUCCGAGAGUGCGGCCGCACGCCUCCUCCUGGCCUCCGAGCCGCGGGGCGCGCCUGCCACCGACCUGGCCUGACGCGGACUGCCCGGCUCUUGUCAGGAUCCCUGGGCCACACAGGCGGCCCUGGGCCUCAGGACCUCUCCGCGCCAUGGCGCGUGCUCGCGCUGCCCGCGCACUCCCCAGCCCAUUUGGUGGUGAAGCGCUCUCACCUGCCCCAUGUGUAAAUAGUCUACGGAGAAAAAGGGACAGCAGGGAAUA